UAUUCGCUCCACUUGGCACGCGUUACGUCCCUUCACCGGAAUACAGACACGAUUAGAGGUUCGCCAUUCGAAGUUUGGCGCCACCGCCCCCUCGUGUUUUUGGACAGCCAACCGUGCGACAAGCAGGACCGAAGCGGUGUGCCUAAUAGGACAUACCAAGGAGUUGGCGGCAGCCAAUGUCCGACGGCCGGAGCCCAAACACGCAGGAUAAACACACAGAGAGAGAUCCCCGCAGCACCGACGGCGCUUUCCGUCCCAUUGUUUGAGACGUGCCGACGCACAGCUGGCCUCACAUAGCGCUGUAGGGUGAGCUAAGAUGGUGAAGGAUCCAAAGAAGCCAAGGGGCAAAAUGUCCUCAUAUGCCUAUUUUGUGCAAACGUGCCGAGAGGAACAUAAGAAGAAACAUCCUGAUGCUUCUGUCAACUUUGCAGAGUUCUCCAAGAAAUGCUCUGAGCGAUGGAAGACAAUGUCACCAAAAGAAAAAGGCAAGUUUGAAGAUAUGGCCAAACAAGACAAGGUGCGUUAUGAGAGGGAAAUGAAGAAUUAUAUUCCCCCCAAAGGCCAGAAGAAGAAGCGAUUUAAGGACCCCAACGCCCCCAAGAGACCACCGUCUGCAUUCUUCCUAUUCUGUGCAGACUUUCGCCCCAAGGUAAAAGGUGAAAGCCCCGGACUCUCCAUCGGGGACACGGCAAAGAAGUUGGGAGAGAUGUGGAACAGCUCAUCUGCAGAGGACAAGCAGCCGUAUGAGAAGAAGGCUGCCAAGUUGAAGGAGAAAUACGACAAGGAUAUCGUUGCUUACCGCACGAAGGGCAAGGUGGAUUCAGGAUCGGCUGCUACAGCGGACGAUGAUGAUGAGGAAGAGGAAGGAGACGAGGAGGAGGACGAAGACGAGGAUGACGACGACGAGUAGAUUGCAUAAGGAUGGGACCUGAAGUUUUGUUUAUGCCAUAUAACCCUAAUAUACUCAAUUUACCAUCUUGAAACAGAAGUCAGACUGAACAAGAUCAUGUGUAUAUUUAAUGUUUUUAAGAUGUACAGUGUUAUGCUCCUUUUUUUUGUAAAGUUAACACUACAUAUCUUAAGUUUGAGAUUUUCUAGUGGUAGUUCUUUAUCCCUGCCAUAUUACGUAACAGUUUAGGAGGACUACAAAUCAGUAUGAAAGUAACUAGUCUAUAGGUGUCACAACUCAAAAAUGAGAUUUCUGAGUUGGUAGUGUAUUUUUCUUUAUUUUGAAAAAUAUUUUUUUAUGUGCUGUCCUAAUGUCUUUUUAUUGUUCUUUGAAUACCACUCUAAUAUCAAAUGCAGCUGUCGACAUUCAAGAAUGUCUUCAAUAAAGGUCUUUUUUCUUUUUUUCUUUUUUUUAAUCAGUUUGUUUGUUUUUUGUUUUUCUUUUUCUAAUUUUAGUUGUCUCAAGAUCUCUGCGGCUGCCAGCCAGUUAUCAAAGAUCCAACAUGAGAACAUGUAUUUUAUCCGGUACACACAUAAAUAAUUCAGACGCUCUGGGGUUUUAGGCUUUUCAUUUAAAACCUGCUGUAGCCAAUGGCUUUGCAAGUGAAUCAGUGCAAGAUAAAAUGACAUAUCUCUUC